UCGAGAACUGUCACUUUUUGCGGUUCUCUUCGUGCAUUCGUUUUGCUGAUGAAAUGUGCAUGGUGGAUUUGGCCAGCCAUCGUAAUCUGGAAUUUACCCGGUAAAUAUUACGCGUCGAGUGUUUGCUGCCGGUGAAUCAGUUUGCGGCCCGUCCCGUUAACCAGCUGGAAGUGGAAUUCGUGAGUUUAGUUUGGCGCAGUUCAGUGGGUGAGUGAGUGCGACGAUGGAAAACAUUACGGCGGAGGAUUUGCACCGGCUGCCGGAGACCAUCAACUUUCCGGCGGAAGAGGAAAAGGUCCUCAAGUACUGGAAGGACGAGAAGGUGUUCGAGGCGUGCCUGAAGCAGUCCAAGGGGAAGCCGAGGUACACCUUCUACGAUGGUCCGCCGUUCGCGACCGGGCUGCCCCACUACGGCCACAUCCUGGCCGGGACGGUCAAGGACAUUGUGACGCGGUACGCCCACCAGCAGGGUUACCACGUGGAGCGCCGCUUCGGCUGGGACUGCCACGGGCUGCCGGUCGAGUACGAGAUCGACAAGACGCUGAACAUCCGCGGGCCGGAGGACGUCGCCCGGAUGGGCAUCAAGGCGUACAAUGGGGAGUGCCGGAAGAUUGUGAUGCGGUACGCGAACGAGUGGGAGGAGAUCAUUGGGCGGAUGGGACGGUGGAUCGACUUUAAGAACGACUACAAGACGCUGUAUCCGUGGUACAUGGAGUCGAUCUGGUGGGUGUUUAAGCAGCUGUACGUGAAGGGGUUGGUUUAUCAGGGGGUAAAGGUGAUGCCGUACUCGACGGCGUGUACGACGGCGCUGAGUAACUUUGAAUCGGGGCAGAACUAUAAGGAGGUGACGGAUCCGGCGGUUUUUGUUUCGUUUCCGAUUGUGGGGGAUAAGGACGGGGCGGCGUUGGUUGGGUGGACGACGACGCCGUGGACGCUGCCGUCGAAUAUGGCGUGCUGCGUGCAUCCGGAUCUUGGGUACGCCAAGGUGAAGGAGCUGAAGACGGGGAAGGUGUACGUGAUGAUGGAGUGCCGCAUUGAGUCGAUGCUGAAGGGGCCGGAGAAUUACGAGAUUUUGGAGCGGUUUGCGGGAAGCAAGUUGGCUGGGGUUAAGUAUGAGCCGCUGUUUGAUUACUUCCGCAAGUAUGAGCAGGUCGCGUUCCGGGUGUUGGUUGAUGGGUACGUUACGGAGGAUUCCGGUACGGGAGUGGUUCACCAGGCGCCGUACUUUGGAGAGGACGAUUACCGCGUUUGUUUGGCGAAUGGCGUUAUUACGCGGGAUCAGGAGAUUGUUUGCCCGGUUGAUCCGAGCGGCAAGUUUGUCGAUCCGGUGAGCGAUUUCCAGGGCCAGUACGUCAAGGAUGCCGACAAGAACAUCAUCAAGAUGUUGAAGGAGAAGGGUCGGCUGGUGCUGGUGAGCCAGGUGAAGCACAACUAUCCGUUCUGCUGGCGGUCGGAUACGCCGUUGAUUUACCGUGCCGUUCCGUCGUGGUUCGUGCGGGUCGAGCACAUGACCAAGCAGCUGCUGGCGUGCAGUUCGCAGACGUACUGGGUUCCGGAGUACGUCAAGGAGAAGCGGUUCGGAAAUUGGCUUCGCGACGCCCGCGAUUGGGCCAUCAGCCGUAACCGGUACUGGGGAACUCCGAUUCCGCUGUGGAUGUCCGCCGACGGCCAGGAGCUGGUCUGCAUCGGCAGCAUCGAGGAGCUCGAGCGGCUGUCCGGCGUCAAGGUGGAAGACCUGCACCGCGAAAGCAUCGACCACAUCGAAAUUCCGUCGGCCGUGCCGGGAAAUCCCCCGUUGAAGCGCAUUUCCGAGGUGUUUGACUGCUGGUUCGAGUCCGGCUCGAUGCCGUUCGCCCAGAAUCACUACCCGUUCGAGAACGCCGCCGACUUCCUGACCAACAACUUCCCGGCGGACUUUAUCGCCGAGGGCAUCGAUCAGACGCGCGGUUGGUUCUACACGCUGCUCGUCAUCUCGACGGCCCUGUUCAACAAGCCCCCGUUCAAGAACCUGAACUGCACCGGACUGGUGCUGGCCGCCGACGGGCAGAAGAUGAGCAAGCGCAAGAAAAACUACCCGGACCCGAUGGAGGUGGUGCACAAGUACGGGGCGGACGCGCUGCGGCUGUACCUCAUCAAUUCGCCGGUUGUGCGCGCGGAGAAUUUGCGCUUCAAGGAGGACGGCGUCAAGGACAUCAUCAAGGACGUGUUUCUGCCGUGGUUCAACGCGUUCCGCUUCCUGCUGCAGAACAUUGAUCGGUUCGAGAAGGAGGACAAGGUUGUUUAUCGGUACGACGCGGCUCGUCACGCCAGCAAGCGCUCGACGAACGUGAUGGACGUGUGGAUAACGUCGUUCAAGGAGUCGCUGCUGGAGUUUGUGGCGAAGGAGAUGAAGGCGUACCAUUUGUACACGGUGGUGCCGCGGUUGACCAAGUUCAUCGAUCAGCUGACCAACUGGUACGUGCGCAUGAACCGGAAGCGCAUCAAGGGCGAGUUUGGCGUGGAGGAUUGCUACCACGCGCUGGACACGCUGUACGACGUGCUGAUGGCGAUGGUGCAGAUGAUGGCGCCGUUUACGCCGUACUUGACGGAGUUUAUGUUCCAGCGGUUGCGUCUGUUGAACGUGGAGAAGAUCGAGGGAAGUGUGCACUUCCAGAUGAUGCCUACUUCAAAUAGGAAGUACAUCAAUCUGCCGAUCGAGCGUGCCGUUUCUCGGAUGCAGGCCGUCGUCGAGUUGGGCCGCGUCAUGCGCGAUCGUAGAACCGUCCCCAUCAAGUACCCGUUGACGGAGGUCAUCGUCAUCCACCAGAGCAAGGAAUACCUCGACGACAUCAAGUCCCUCGAGAACUUUAUCCUCGGCGAGCUGAACGUGCGCAGCAUCACACUCAGCUCGGACAAGCAAAAGUACGGCGUCAAGCUGCGGGCCGAACCGGACCACAAAGUCCUCGGAAUGCGCCUCAAGAACGACUUCAAGCAGGUCAUCCAAGCGGUAAAAGCCCUCACCGACGCCCAAAUCGCCGAACAGCUCAAGGCGGGCUUCUUCACCGUGCUCGGCCAUCGCAUCGAGCUGAACGAACUUCGCCUCAUCUACCAGUUUGACGAGCAACAGGCCGGCGGCCAAAACUACGAAGCGCACAGCGACAACGACGUGCUCGUCCUGCUCGACAUGACCCCCAACGAGGAACUCAUGAAGGAGGGCGUCGCCCGCGAAAUCAUCAACCGCAUCCAAAAGCUCAAAAAGAAGGCCAAACUCAUCCCAACCGACCCCGUUCUCAUCUACUACACCGUCAGCAAGCCCGGUGAGAUCAAGAGCGUCGCCGAAAGCCACCAGGAGUUCAUCGUCAACACCGUCAAGUCCCCCUUCUUACCGUACAGCCCCGAAGCGGCCGCCAAGCGCGUCCUCAUCGAAGAAUCCCAAGAGCUCAAAGGCAUCCAACUGAACCUCGUAAUCUGCACCCCCGAAGACCGCCCCAUCCCCGCCUCCCCCUGGAUCAACCUCGUCCUAGACGACAAAAUCACCCCGCGCUACCAGCAAACCCCCUCCCGCUCCGCCACCAUCCUCCUCACCUCCCCCUCAAACCAACAGCUCACCCUCGAACGUCUGCACCAGGAAAUCCACACCCUGUUCGGCCUCAACGACCAAACCUACAACAUCCUAACCGACGACGGAAAACCCCUGACCACCAUAAACGCCGCCGCCCUCAACCAGCGAACCCUGUUCAUCACCCGUGGAACGACCCUGCCGCCAACUCCCGGAGGGUGGAAGCCACCGAAGGCGCCGCUCAGCGCGUUCCGCAACGUCGAGUACCGGGGAGCGAAAACGACGCUGCUCGAGGAGAACCCCGUCGGAGUGAAGCUGGACGUGGCCCGCGUCGUGCAGAGCGUGCUGCCCGACAUUAAGAACUUGAAGUUGAAGUGAAAAAAGUGCGUUACGUUUUUUUAAUUGUGCAUGGCGAUGAAUUUGAUUCAGUACACAUAACAGUGAACUUUUGUGCUUUGUUGAAAUAAAAUUUCUAGCUUUAGUCCCUGUCCUUGUGUGAAGCAAGAAAUAACAA